UUUUUUUAUUGUUUUUUUGGUGUUUAAAAAAAUAAUAUGAGUCGUUCGGAUUUCGAGCAUGGGAGAGCGGACUCCUAUCGGGUCGCAACGGUUGUACCAACCGAUGACGACAAUCUUACAGCCGAUGGCCAUUACAAGACAAAACGCAAGAUGCCGGCUAAAGGGGCGAAAAAAGAAAAUUUAGAUGAUCUCAAACAGGAGUUAGAUAUCGAUUAUCAUAAAAUCACUCCUGAAGAGCUGUAUCAGCGCUUUCAGACACAUCCAGAAAAUGGUCUAAGUCAUGCUAAAGCUAAAGAAAAUUUAGAACGUGAUGGCCCAAAUGCUCUCACACCACCCAAACAAACACCCGAAUGGGUGAAAUUCUGUAAGAAUUUAUUCGGUGGUUUCGCCAUGUUAUUGUGGAUUGGUGCUAUUUUAUGUUUUGUGGCCUAUUCUAUUCAGGCCAGUACCAGUGAAGAGCCAUCCGAUGAUAAUUUAUAUUUGGGUAUCGUAUUGUCAGCUGUAGUUAUAGUUACCGGUAUUUUCUCAUACUAUCAGGAAUCAAAAAGUUCAAAAAUUAUGGAAUCUUUCAAAAACAUGGUUCCCCAAUUCGCCACUGUCAUUCGUGAGGGUGAAAAAUUAACUCUCCGCGCUGAAGAUUUAGUCUUGGGCGACGUUGUCGAAGUGAAAUUCGGUGAUCGUAUCCCAGCUGAUAUUCGCAUUAUUGAGGCUCGUACAUUUAAGGUUGAUAACUCAUCGUUGACUGGUGAAUCUGAACCCCAGUCCCGUGGUCCCGAAUUUACUCACGAGAAUCCCUUGGAAACGAAAAAUUUGGCUUUCUUCUCGACGAACGCUGUCGAAGGUACUGCCAAGGGUGUCGUCAUUAGCUGUGGUGAUCACACUGUCAUGGGUCGUAUUGCCGGUUUGGCAUCUGGUUUGGAUACUGGUGAAACACCCAUCGCUAAGGAAAUCCACCAUUUCAUUCAUUUGAUUACCGGUGUGGCUGUCUUCUUGGGUGUGACCUUCUUCGUGAUUGCCUUCAUUUUGGGUUACCAUUGGUUGGAUGCUGUUAUUUUCUUGAUUGGUAUUAUUGUCGCUAACGUACCUGAAGGUCUAUUGGCUACUGUAACUGUGUGCUUGACUCUAACUGCCAAACGUAUGGCUUCGAAGAAUUGUUUGGUUAAGAAUUUGGAAGCUGUCGAAACUUUGGGCUCCACCUCAACCAUUUGCUCCGAUAAGACCGGUACCCUGACCCAGAAUCGUAUGACAGUCGCCCACAUGUGGUUCGACAAUCAGAUCAUUGAGGCCGAUACAACCGAGGAUCAGUCGGGUGUCCAAUACGAUAGAACUAGCCCUGGAUUCAAGGCGCUCUCUCGCAUUGCCACUCUCUGCAAUCGUGCUGAAUUCAAAGGCGGCCAAGAAGGUGUUCCAAUUUUGAAGAAGGAAGUCAGCGGUGACGCCUCAGAAGCUGCUUUGUUGAAGUGUAUGGAAUUGGCCCUCGGCGAUGUCAUGAAUAUCCGCAAGCGCAACAAGAAAUUGGCCGAAAUUCCAUUCAACUCCACCAACAAGUAUCAGGUCUCAAUUCACGAAACCGAAGAUCCCUCAGAUCCCCGUUAUUUGCUCGUCAUGAAGGGUGCCCCCGAACGUAUCUUGGAACGCUGCUCCACCAUUUUCAUCAACGGCAAGGAAAAGGUCUUGGACGAAGAGAUGAAGGAAGCCUUCAACAAUGCCUACAUGGAAUUGGGAGGUUUGGGCGAACGUGUCUUGGGUUUCUGCGACUAUAUGCUGCCAUCCGAUAAAUAUCCCACCGGCUUCAAGUUCAACGUUGACGAUGUUAACUUCCCCAUUGACAAUUUGCGUUUCGUCGGUCUCAUGUCCAUGAUUGAUCCCCCUCGUGCUGCCGUACCCGAUGCCGUUGCCAAAUGUCGUUCGGCUGGUAUUAAAGUUAUCAUGGUUACUGGUGAUCAUCCCAUUACCGCAAAGGCUAUUGCCAAGUCUGUCGGUAUCAUCUCCGAAGGUAAUGAGACUGUUGAAGAUAUUGCCCAACGUUUGAACAUUCCCGUCUCGGAAGUUAAUCCACGUGAAGCCAAGGCUGCCGUUGUACAUGGUGCUGAAUUGCGUGAUGUUAGCAGCGAUCAAUUGGAUGAAAUUUUACGUUAUCACACUGAAAUUGUGUUCGCACGUACCUCACCACAACAGAAAUUGAUUAUUGUUGAGGGUUGCCAACGUAUGGGUGCUAUUGUGGCUGUAACUGGUGAUGGUGUCAACGAUUCACCUGCUUUGAAAAAGGCUGAUAUUGGUGUUGCUAUGGGUAUUGCCGGUUCCGAUGUGUCGAAACAGGCCGCUGACAUGAUCUUGUUGGAUGAUAACUUUGCCUCCAUUGUCACCGGUGUUGAGGAAGGUCGCUUGAUUUUCGAUAACUUGAAAAAAUCUAUUGCUUAUACCUUGACCUCCAACAUUCCUGAAAUCUCACCAUUCUUGGCUUUCAUCUUGUGCGAUAUCCCCUUGCCUUUGGGUACCGUUACCAUCUUGUGUAUUGAUUUGGGUACUGAUAUGGUACCGGCCAUUUCUCUUGCCUAUGAGCAAGCUGAGAGUGAUAUUAUGAAACGACAACCCCGAGAUCCUUAUCGUGAUAACUUGGUCAAUCGCAGAUUGAUUUCCAUGGCCUAUGGACAAAUUGGUAUGAUCCAAGCUGCUGCCGGUUUCUUUGUCUACUUUGUUAUUAUGGCUGAGAAUGGUUUCUUGCCAUUGACAUUGUUCGGCAUCCGUAAGAUGUGGGAUUCCAAGGCUGUCAAUGAUUUAACCGAUUCCUAUGGUCAAGAAUGGACCUAUCGCGAUCGCAAAACUUUGGAAUACACCUGCCACACAGCUUUCUUCGUUUCCAUUGUGGUUGUACAAUGGGCUGAUUUGAUCAUUUGCAAGACCCGACGAAACUCCAUUUUCCAACAAGGCAUGAGAAAUUGGGCCUUGAACUUUGGUUUGGUAUUCGAAACCAUUUUGGCUGCCUUCUUGUCAUACUGCCCCGGUAUGGAGAAGGGUCUUCGUAUGUACCCACUCAAACUCGUUUGGUGGUUCCCAGCCAUUCCAUUCAUGUUGGCCAUCUUCAUUUAUGAUGAAACUAGACGUUUCUACUUGCGUCGCAAUCCCGGUGGCUGGUUGGAACAAGAAACCUACUAUUAAACAAAUCAGCAACAAAAAAAUACCAACAAAAA